UGAUGCCGACGGAGUGAGCUGAGCUGUGCGGUGUGCAGCUGGCGGUGCUGCAGGAACGCUCCCUCCUUUCCCUGCAGGUGACGGGGAACUUCACCAUGCUGCUGGAAGAGCUCAGAAGGCUCCAGAACACCCUGGAACAGGUCAAUGAUGGCAAAUACUCGCUUCAAAGCCAUCAGCUUGCCAUGGAUGAGGAAAAUAAUAUUGAAAAAUAUCGUAUCAACUUACAGCCCUUGGAAACAAAAGUGAAAAUCAUCCAGCGCGCAUGGCGGCAGUACCUGCAGCGCCAGGACCUGCGCCCCGAGCAGCUGGGCAAGCGCAGCCCCUCCCCGCCCUCCCUGUCCUCUGACAAGAUGAGCAGCUCCAUCAGCAUGAACACCUUUUCGGACAGCAGCACGCCGGUGAGUACAGCCCUGGGCAUGUUGAUCCGUUGGCUCCUUUUUGAUGGUUCCCAUCGAGGGCUCUGCAGGGAAAUGAAAGUCGUUGCAGCGUCUCAGACAACGUGUAAGGGGACUGUUGGGCAUCGUGACAUGUAAGGGGACAGGUGUUGGCCUUGUGCAGGUGAGACAUAAGUCUGUCAUAGAAAUCAUCGUCAUAGGAAUACUGUGUAUUGCUCACCGCAGUGGUGCUCUGAGUGGGCAAAAAAGAUGUUUCCAAAGUGUUUUGGUUUUUCUGUAGUAAGCAAAGAUCUUCACUUGGGUAGGUGUUUGGCAUUCUGUGUUGGUGUUCUCCGAAAAGAAAAAGGAAAAAGUGGCAAAUUAUUGGUGUUUUUCCAAGAAACCGAUGUGUUUUCUGGCAUUAUUUUGUUUU